GACGCCUGGACACCGGCAGAGCGCGGGGACUCUCCGAGCCCGGCGCGGGGGUUUCCGCAUCUUACGGGCGGGGCCGGAAGAGGAAGUCGCGCUGCCGUGGCGGCCCCUGUAGCAGCGGCGGUCCCGUCGUAGCCCAGCCGGCCGCGUCUGUCCGGUCCGGUCCGGCCACGGAGGCAGCGCAACGGCGGGACCCCGAGCCCACCCCGCCGAGUAAGCUGCGCCGCACCGUGCCGCCCCACCCGGCACCCACCAGUCAGAUGGGGCCGCAGCGGCGGCUGUCCCCUGCCGGGGCCGCCCUACUCUGGGGCUUCCUGCUCCCGCUGACAGCUGCUCAGGAAGCAAUCUUGCAUGCGUCUGGAAAUGGCACAGCCAAGGACUACUGCAUGCUUUAUAACCCUUAUUGGACAGCUCUUCCAAGUACCCUAGAAAAUGCAACUUCCAUUAGUUUGAUGAAUCUGACUUCCACACCACUAUGCAACCUUUCUGAUAUUCCUCCUGUUGGCAUAAAGAACAAAGCAGUUGUGGUUCCAUGGGGAAGCUGCCAUUUUCUUGAAAAAGCCAGAAUUGCACAGAAAGGAGGUGCUGAAGCAAUGUUAGUUGUCAAUAACAGUGUCCUAUUUCCUCCCUCAGGUAACAGAUCUGAAUUUCCCGAUGUGAAAAUACUGAUUGCAUUUAUAAGCUACAAAGACUUUAGAGAUAUGAACCAGACUCUAGGAGGUAACAUUACUGUGAAAAUGUAUUCUCCGUCAUGGCCUAACUUUGAUUAUACUAUGGUGGUUAUUUUUGUAAUUGCUGUGUUCACUGUGGCAUUAGGUGGAUACUGGAGUGGACUAGUUGAAUUGGAAAACUUGAAAGCAGUGACAACUGAAGAUAGAGAAAUGAGGAAAAAGAAGGAAGAAUAUUUAACUUUUAGUCCUCUUACAGUUGUAAUAUUUGUGGUCAUCUGCUGUGUUAUGAUGGUCUUACUUUAUUUCUUCUACAAAUGGUUGGUUUAUGUUAUGAUAGCAAUUUUCUGCAUAGCAUCAGCAAUGAGUCUGUACAACUGUCUUGCUGCACUAAUUCAUAAGAUACCAUAUGGACAAUGCACGAUUGCAUGUCGUGGCAAAAACAUGGAAGUGAGACUUAUUUUUCUCUCUGGACUGUGCAUAGCAGUAGCUGUUGUUUGGGCUGUGUUUCGAAAUGAAGACAGGUGGGCUUGGAUUUUACAGGAUAUCUUGGGGAUUGCUUUCUGUCUGAAUUUAAUUAAAACACUGAAGUUGCCCAACUUCAAGUCAUGUGUGAUACUUCUAGGCCUUCUCCUCCUCUAUGAUGUAUUUUUUGUUUUCAUAACACCAUUCAUCACAAAGAAUGGUGAGAGUAUCAUGGUUGAACUUGCAGCUGGACCUUUUGGAAAUAAUGAAAAGAAUGAUGGAAACUUGGUGGAAGCCACUGGUCAACCCUCAGCUCCCCAUGAGAAAUUGCCAGUAGUCAUCAGAGUACCAAAACUGAUCUAUUUCUCAGUAAUGAGUGUGUGCCUCAUGCCUGUUUCAAUAUUGGGUUUUGGAGACAUUAUUGUACCAGGCCUGUUGAUCGCAUACUGUAGAAGAUUUGAUGUUCAGACUGGUUCUUCUUAUAUAUACUAUGUUUCGUCUACAGUUGCCUAUGCUAUUGGCAUGAUACUUACAUUUGUUGUUCUGGUGCUGAUGAAAAAGGGGCAACCUGCUCUCCUCUAUUUAGUACCUUGCACACUUAUUACUGCCUCAGUUGUUGCCUGGAGACGUAAGGAAAUGAAAAAGUUCUGGAAAGGUAACAGCUAUCAGAUGAUGGACCAUCUGGAUUAUGCAACAAAUGAAGAAAACCCUGUGAUAUCUGGUGAACAGGUUGUCCAGCAAUAAUAUUAUGUGGAACUACUAUAAUGUGUCAUUGAUUUUCUACAAAUAGACUUCGACUUUUUAAAUUGACUUUUGAAUUGACAAUCUGAAAGAGUCUUCAAUGAUAUGCUUGCAAAAAUAUAUUUUUAUGAGCUGGUACUGACAAUUACAUCAUAAAUAACUAAAACGCUUUGCUUUUAAUGUUAAAGUUGUGCCUUCACAUUAAAUAAAACAUAUGGUCUGUGUAGUUUCCGAGA